AUGAGUUUGUUGCAGGCUAAAGUUCAUUCUCAAUUAAUUAUUUUACAUUGCUUAUGUAAAUUUUUAAUAAGAUUUUUGAAGCGAAAUCCAUUGUAAGAUCUAAAAGUUUACAAGAGAUAUCUAAAAUUUUAUAAGACCUUUCAUUUUUAAUAGAAGAAUUAACAUAUAUAUUAAAUAUAUUAGAAGAAGUUCAGGAUGAGAUCAAUUUUGCAUAUUUAUUAUAGCAUUUAGAUGAUUUUUGGUUCAAGUGUUGCACAAUAAUUAGAAAUUUACAGAAUACAAGUUGGUAUGGCAUUCGAUAAAAUCAAAAUGAUUGCCUUAAUAGUGGAGAGAAAAGAUGCAAGUCAUUAUUUCCUUAAUACGAAAUCAUCUCAAAUAUAAAAUUUUUUUGGCCAUAAAUGAGCAUGUAUAAGUUUUUGGAAUUUUUGAAUGUUGAUACAAUAAUAAUGGAAUAUUUAAUAAUGAAUAUGGGUCUAACAGAUGAUAUUUAAUAAUUGUAAACUUAAAAUAUUACUCUAUCUAAUUUAUUAAUAACUAAGUAGAAUACAAUAAAGGAAAUUAAAAUCAAGUAAAUAAAUGUAUGCAGAUCAGAAAAGUCUAAUUAAAAAUUUGAAAAAAGAAUAGCACAAAUUUUUAUACUUUAGUUAGGAAUACCUUAUUUAAAUAAGAUUGUGGAAAAGAAGAUUGGUUACCUAAUAGUAGAUAUGCUUAACCAGUUUAACAUACAAAAUCAAUGGCUUCUAAGAUAAAUGAUGUUAUAUAUG